AGUUAUUUUUGGCAGAGAUUCUACUCCAAAUUCAGGAUGAAAAAACAAAUCGUUCGGGAGUUCACUACGGUCAAGAAGGUGCGCUACUUGCCACGGCAGCCAUCGCCCCCGCCACAGCCACCGCCACCGCCGCCACGCCAGGUGCUCGUGGUGGGUAGCUGCACCUUGGAUCUGGUCACGGUUUGCGAGGUUCAUCCCACGGCCGGCGUGGAUCAGCGCACCAGCGAGGGAUGCUGGCGGCGGGGCGGCAGCGCCUCCGAUAUGUGCAGCGUUCUGCGUCGCCUGGGCACGCCUUGCGAGUUCCUUGGGCGACUGAGCAGAGCCAGUGCCUUCGAGGAGCUGUUGACCAGCUUCCACUCGAUGGGCAUCGACAUUUCGCACUGCCCAAUGUCAGCCCAGCAGCCGCCGCAUCGCAGCAUCAUCACCAUACGCGGCAGCGAGACGCACACCAUCCUGGAGUACUCGAAUCGAAGGCAGGAGCUCACCUUCCAGCAGUUCCUCGGGGCCAUCGACUACCAGCGGUACUCGUGGGUGCACUUCGAGUGCCGCAAUCCCAUGGAAACGGUGCGCAUGAUACGCGCCGUGCGCGCCUUCAACGAGCGCUGCCCGGAGGCGAGAAUCAUCCUUUCCGCGGAUCUGGGCAGCCUGAAAAAGCCCAGCCUGAUGGUGGCCGAUCUGGUGGAUUAUGUGUUUGUCCGCAAGCAGCUCAAGCAGACUUACUCGUACAUGAACGGCCACGAGACGGUAUGGGCUGUACGCGACGGACUGCGUCAAGUGUGUGCUGAAUGGGAGAAAGAUCAGCCACGGAAGACGCCCCAUCCCACGCAGGGCAUCCCGCCCGUGGACACAAACCUCUGCCCGGGGGUGUCACAGAACGGCCCCACAAUUAUCUACAACAACUAUGCGGAGGGCGCCAGCUGCCUGCUGCCCGACGACACCUUCUUCAAGGUGGGACCGCACACGCCGCAAAAGAUUGUGGACGCGAUCGGUGAGAAUGAGACGUUCGCGGCGGCGGUAAUCUAUGCCCUGCUGGAGGCAAAGCUGCGGCUGCGCGACGCCCUGGAAUAUGGCACUCGGGCGGCCGUCUUCAAGGUGCAACAGAACGGAUUCGAUGGUCUGCGCUGCCUGCCCAAGGAUCUCAUUGGAUGCUACUACGCCUAAGCGAUGGAGUAACUGAGCGACUGAGUU